AUGCCUCCCUCCUUCCCUCCCUGCCCCUCACCACUACUCUUUAAAUUCGUGGGAUUUUUGUUUUCGGAAACUGUUGUUUUAUUAUAUUAUAUGGUUUGUGUUUUGUGUCCUUUUGAUUCCUUCUUGAUCUUCUUCUUCUUCUUCUUCUUCUUCUUCUUCUCCUUCUUGAUCUUCUUUUUCGUCGCUGUUGCUGUUGCUGUCGCUGUCGCUGAACCCUGUACCGAAUUGAAUACCGAACUGAAUUGCCGAUUACGAACCCAACGAAUAAAUAAAAAUAAUCCGUUCGUUGAUGAAGUUGCAAAAAGGAAAGAAGAGAAGAGAAAAGAAAGAAAGAAGGGAAAGAAAGCUUCUCUGUGCUUCGUUCGACCGACGUGGUAA